UUUUGGGAUUGCUGGGACUGCCAGCAGGCUGGGGAGGGCGGGCACCGAGGAGAAGGGGGACCCCCAAUGCAAGUGUAACCCCAGCAGCUGUGACAGGGGGAACUCCGAAGAGCAGAGGGGAGGGACAAGGGACAGGGAGUUCUUGGUAGGAUUUUUAGGGCUGAACCUUGGUGUUUGGGAGGUUUUUCUGGAGUCCAGAUGGCCGGUGACUUCUCGAGGUGGGCUCGGGCAGAUGGACCUUCAAAUUCAAUGUGCUCAUCCCUUAUUUUCCUCAAACCAUGAUUUCUCAUUGCCAACCCCUGGGAGGCUGUGAGGAAGAGCAAGAUGCCCUGGGACAAUGAGGCAGAGACCGUUUUGAGCGGCUCCACGGCGCAGGAACCCAACGGGGAGGAAAAGCCCCGGCGAUGCCGCACGAGGAGGGGCUGCAAACGCAGAUGGCGGGGAUCUGAGGAGGAAAGACCCACCCUGGGCCGGGAAGGCAGCCGGAGAUGGAGCCAGAGCUCAGAGCUGGUGGUCCAUGAGCAGUUCCAUGAUGGGGAGAAGCCCCACAAGUGCUUGGAGUGUGGGAAGAGCUUCAGGAGGAGCUCCAAUCUGAUCAGGCACCAGGUGAUCCACAGUGGGGAACGGCCCUACGAGUGUGGGGAAUGCGGGAAGAGCUUCAGACUUCGCACCAACCUGAUCUACCACCAAAAUAUCCACUCUGGGGAGAGGCCCUACGAGUGUUCUGAGUGUGGGAAGGGGUUUUGGAUCCGCUCCCAUCUUUUCUGGCACUAUCGGAUUCACACGGAGGAGAGGCCCUUCUGCUUCCCCGACUGCGGGAAGGGAUUCAGGCACAACUCCACCCUCGUCACCCACCGGCGCAUCCACACUGGGGAGAGGCCCUACGAGUGUCCCCAGUGUGGGAAGAGCUCCUCCAGCAGCUCUAACUUGACCCAACAGCAACGGAGGCACCGGUGAGGGAAGCCCUGCGUGUGCCCCGAGUGCGGGAAGAGCUUCGUGCGCUGCUCCAGCUCCAUCCUCCACUGCAGGACUCACGCUGGGCACAGCCCUGGUGACCCACAUUCCCUGUGAUCCAUGGUGGGAACAUGUAGCCAUGAUAUUUUAGUGAAAAAGCCUCUGCUGGGAUUUUUCCUGUCCUGAGGAGCUGAGAGCCUCAGGAAAGAAAUGUAAACAAUAACUAUCUGCUGCUGUGGAAUGCCACAGGUGCAUCUUCCAUUGGUCCAUGUGGAUUGUUUUCAAUCAGUGACCAAUCACAGCCACCUGUGCCAAGGCUGUGAGCAGUCACAGGAUUUUUGUUAUUCAUUCCUAUUCUAUUCUUGUCUUUGUAGACUUCUGAUCUUCUUCUCUCUGUUCUUUUUAGUAUAGUUGUAAUGUAGUAUUUUAAUAUAAUAUAUAACAUAAUAAAUCAGCCUUCUGAUGAAAAUGGAGUCAAACCUCGUGUCCUCACACAAAGGGCAGCCUAAACAACAAUUGGUGACCCCUGGACGUGUGAAACUGAUGGCAACCCCAGGAGUGACCACAGAGUCCAGCCUGGAGCUGAAGAAACGAGACCCUGAAGAUGGGCAGAGUUCACAGCCAAGGCAAACAGGAGAACCUGUUGGACUUUCCUGGACAUUGUGUCCAGAGACCGCAGAGCAGCAGAGUUGCACAGCUGGAUCCACAAGGACACUGUCUAAAGGUACUGUUAUUUUUUCCCUUCCUGAAGAUCCUGCCAUUCGCAGAAGGUGGGAGGAAAGUUGGAAAAACAUACCUUCGGGAGCUCAGGUUCCGUUUACUGGGUCAGAGAAGAAAGUUAUUAAACUCUGGCACAGAUGGGGACACGAGAACAGAGUUAAUAGUGUGUGGGAGAGACUGUGUUAUGAGUUUUUAAGAUGGGCAAAAUUUCAUAGAUUUUUUACAAAUGUCGUAUACUCCCUUGAUUUAGAUCUUUGGGAGUUCAUGGACGCUGCUUUUGAGUGGACAAAGGACCAGGGUGUUACACUCCCAACAAUGUAUGGAGUACACCUAUGGCUCUUAUUCUGUAUUUUGGAAAAAAGGGAGGCUGCAGGGGACAUCAUGGCUCGGUGGCGCGGUCGCGCUCCGUUUCCACCAGGUUCGGCACGAGAGGAGCCUCUCAAAGAAGACGAUCCGCGGGUUCGCAGCCCCCCCACAUUGCCCACAGCUGAGCAAAAGUUUUUCUCCGCUCCCUUGGAGCAUGAGCAGGCAGAGCUGCCUUCC